AUGUCCGACGAACUAAAGAAGUUGAAGAGUCAAGUUGAAGACUUGCAAGAAUUGGUCAAGAAGCAAAAUCUGUUGAUUAGCAAGACGGGCCAAUCAGUUUUAGAGCUUCAAGUAGCAAAACAAAGGGCUGAUGUUGAAGAUUUGGAUAGCAAGUUUGUGGCAGCAAAAAGUGGCAAAUCACACAUUGACACUACAGAUCUGGCUACCAACGAUGAUUUAGUACAACUCGUCGGAGAAUUGCAGGGCCAAUUAGACUCCAUCGAAGAGAGAUCUAUUAGAAGACUGGUCAACUCCACAAAAACUGAGAAGAAAGAGUAUCUUGCGCCACUCCCUAAUGCUGACGGCGAAAUUCCAACCGUUUCGGAUGGAUUUUUCCCAAGAUCGCUCGAAGAUUUUGAGACUUUGUCCAACGUUAAUCUAUUUAAGCUAGCGAAGUUUUAUGAAUUGCUCCCACCCAGUUUGAAGGAGCAAGAAAAAUUCGAAGAUUUCUUGGAAGGAAAGGUCGAAAAUUUCCAUAUUAACGAUGCCACAGAUGAAGAAAUUGAAGCAGAAUUAAAGAAUUACUCCGAAGAUCAAUUGACCGAUAUAUUUAACGAUGUAGCCCGUUAUUUGGGAGUCAGGACAAGAAAAGGUACUGACAUUUGGUGA